GUGCUGUGUGUGCGCGCGCGAGGGGGCGGCGGAGCGGAGUCUCCCGGUGCCACCGCGGCGUCAGAGGCACAGCGAGCGGCGGGCGCGGCGGGGCCGCAUCUGCAGCGGCCGCGAACAAAGAGGAGGAGCCGGGACGCGAGGACAGUCUGAGAUGGAUGUUACAUGAAUCAUUUUAAGGACUGCACAUAACUAUGACCAUUUCUGAAGCUCUUUUCUCAGUAAAGUAGAUCAAGAUGGAUGAAUCUGCCUUGUUGGAUCUUUUGGAGUGUCCUGUGUGUCUAGAACGCCUCGAUGCCUCUGCAAAAGUCUUGCCUUGCCAGCAUACGUUCUGCAAACGAUGUUUGCUGGGGAUUGUAGGUUCACGGAAUGAACUCAGAUGCCCGGAGUGCAGGACUCUCGUCGGCUCAGGGGUUGAAGAGCUUCCCAGUAACAUCCUGCUGGUCAGACUUCUGGAUGGCAUCAAGCAGAGGCCUUGGAAACCUGGCCCUGGUGGGGGCAGUGGGACCAACUGCACAAACGCAUUAAGGGCCCAGGGCAGCGCUGUAGCUAACUGUAGUGCAAAAGAUCUGCAGAGCUCCCAGGGUGGACAGCAACCUCGGGUGCAAGCCUGGAGCCCCCCAGUGAGGGGUAUACCUCAAUUACCAUGUGCCAAAGCAUUAUACAACUAUGAAGGAAAAGAACCUGGAGACCUUAAAUUCAGCAAAGGUGACAUCAUCAUUUUGCGACGACAAGUGGAUGAAAAUUGGUACCAUGGGGAAGUUAAUGGAAUCCAUGGCUUUUUCCCCACCAAUUUUGUGCAGAUUAUUAAACCAUUACCUCAGCCCCCACCUCAGUGCAAAGCACUUUAUGACUUUGAAGUGAAAGACAAGGAAGCAGACAAAGAUUGCCUUCCAUUUGCAAAGGAUGACGUUCUGACUGUGAUCCGCAGAGUGGAUGAAAACUGGGCUGAAGGAAUGCUGGCAGACAAAAUAGGAAUAUUUCCAAUUUCAUAUGUUGAGUUUAACUCGGCCGCGAAGCAGCUGAUAGAGUGGGAUAAACCUCCUGUGCCAGGAGGUGAUGCUGGAGAAUGUACCUCUACAGCCGCCCAGAGCAGCUCUGCUCCAAAGCACUCUGACACCAAGAAGAACACCAAAAAGCGACACUCCUUCACUUCGCUCACCAUGGCAAACAAGUCCUCCCACGCGUCCCAGAACCGCCACUCCAUGGAGAUCAGCCCUCCCGUCCUCAUCAGCUCAAGCAACCCCACGGCCGCAGCGCGCAUCAGCGAGCUGUCCGGGCUGUCCUGCAGCGCCCCUUCUCAGGUUCACAUAAGUACCACCGGGCUAAUUGUGACUCCACCCCCGAGCAGCCCAGUGACGACGGGCCCCUCGUUCACUUUCCCAUCAGAGGCUCCCUACCAAGCUGCCCUUGGAACUAUGAAUCCUCCUCUCCCCCCACCUCCUCUCCUGGCUGCCACUGUCCUCACCUCCACACUGCCAGGCGCUACCGCUGCUGCCACUGCUGCUACUGGAAUGGGACCGAGGGCCAUGGCAGGAUCCACUGACCAGGUUGCACAUUUACGGCCUCAGACUCGCCCCAGUGUGUAUGUUGCUAUAUAUCCAUAUACUCCUCGGAAAGAGGAUGAACUAGAGCUGAGGAAAGGGGAGAUGUUUUUAGUGUUUGAGCGUUGCCAAGAUGGCUGGUUCAAAGGGACCUCAAUGCACACCAGCAAGAUCGGGGUUUUCCCUGGCAAUUAUGUCGCUCCAGUUACAAGAGCGGUGACAAAUGCUUCCCAAGCUAAAGUCUCUAUGUCUACUGCCGGUCAGACAAAUCGAGGGGUAACCAUGGUCAGUCCUUCUACUACAGGAGGUCCUGCCCAGAAGCUCCAAGGAAAUGGUGUGGCUGGGAGUCCCGGUGUUGUCCCCACGGCUGUGGUGUCAGCAGCUCACAUCCAAACAAGUCCUCAGGCAAAGGUCCUGUUGCACAUGCCUGGGCAGAUGACAGUCAACCAGGCCCGCAAUGCAGUAAGGACAGUUGCGGCACAUAACCAAGAGCGCCCCACAGCAGCAGUGACACCCAUCCAGGUGCAGAAUGCUGCCUGCCUCGGCGCCGCGUCCGUGGGGCUGCCCCAUCACUCACUGGCCUCCCCACAGCCUCUGCCACCGAUGGCAGGCUCUGCUGCCCACGUCGCUGCUGUCACUAUCAGUCGAGCCAAUGCCCCCCUGGCCUGUGCUUCAGCUGCUUCUAUGACCUCCACGAGCAUCGCCACUGCCUCUCUGGAGAGUGAGCCCAGUGGUCGGACGGUGACUGGUCUUCCGGGACUUCCCACAUCUCCCGACAGUGUGUCAUCAGCCUGUGGGAACAGUUCAGCAACCAAACCAGACAAGGACAGUAAGAAAGAAAGAAAAGGUUUGUUGAAAUUGCUUUCUGGUGCCUCUACCAAACGGAAGCCCCGAGUGUCACCUCCAGCGUCCCCCACCUUGGAAGUGGAGCUGGGGGGCAGCGAGUUGCCUCUGCAGGGAGCGGUGGGCCCCGAGCUGCCGCUAGGGGGCGCCCACGGCAGGGCUGGCUCCUGCCCCUUGGACGGGGACGGCCCGGUUCAGGCCUCUGCGGCAGGAGCAGCGCUGGCCCAGGAGGCUCUCCACAGGAAGGCCAGCUCCCUGGACUCCGCCGUGCCCAUUGCCCCGCCGCCUCGGCAGGCGUGCUCCUCGCUCGGUCCUGUCCUGAAUGAGUCUAGGCCUGUCGUGUGUGAAAGGCACAGGGUGGUGGUUUCCUAUCCUCCUCAGAGUGAGGCAGAACUUGAACUUAAAGAAGGAGAUAUUGUGUUUGUUCAUAAAAAACGAGAAGAUGGCUGGUUCAAAGGCACACUGCAGCGUAACGGGAAAACUGGCCUCUUCCCAGGAAGCUUUGUGGAAAACAUCUGAAGAGAAUACACUGAGAAGGCUUCAAGUCACAUCACACAACGACGUAGCACAAAGUACUGUCAUGGAAAGAGCACAUCUGUGGACGUCCCGAGGGCCGGAGGCAGACUGGAGUGUGGUGUGUGGCUCCGGAGCGCCCCGCACCGCUGUGCCAGCGCGCAAGAUGAGGAGGGGAUCUGUGUGGCUUUGUCACUCUGGAUUCCGACGUGUAAGGUGUGCCUUGUACUGUCUGAUGUACUAUACAGAGAAACCUUUUUUUUAAAGAUGUAUAACUAAAAUGGACAAUUGUUUACAAGGCUUAACUAAUUUAUUUGCUUUUUUAAACUUGAACAUUUCUUGUAAUUGAUAAAUUCUUUGGAUUAUGAUUUUAAGAAGUUAUUAAUUUAUGAGUGAUUGCUAAGGAGAGGCUGGAUUAUCUCCUGUUGAGAACAAGAGAUUCUUUUUGACAUAGAAUGCAUCUUCCUUACCCCAACCCCUGUUCUCUGUGGUUCUAAUUUGCUUUUUAAGAUAAAAAUGCCAGUUCCUAGUUUGAGCUUCCUCUUCAGGAAGUCAGACAUUGACUGAAUCAGUAUCCCUAAGGGCCUGGGGUAGGGGGCAGAAACAUGAGAGGAGAAAGGUUAAUGAUUCCCUGUCUUUCUAGUUUGACCAGGAAUCAACCUGAAGACCUAGUCCUCAGUUUAAUGUUGUGGAUUAUUUUUCUUUUAAUUUUCCUACACUGAAAUUUGUGAAGUGAUAAGGAAGUAUAAAGCACAACCACUGACUAAAAAUGUAUCAGAAAUAUGUUUCCUUUUAUAACAGAAGCAGCCCAAUGCAUUGAUUGCAAAGUAGGUGAAACUGAAGUUGUACUCACUGGCUAAGAAUGGCUACAAAACGUAACUUCCAUUUUACCCCAAGUGAUGUGCAUGCCUGGGACACAAUGAAACAUUUGUGAGAUAGUGGUGGUAAAUGAUGCCCUUGUGUUAAAGUCAAAGGCUGUAAGAGACACUGUGAAAAGUUUACAUUCACCCAUUGUGAUUCUUCCUCCACGCUCUUGCAUGAGUUACUGGAUUCCCACAGUAACAGAGACUGUGCAUGUUGUGUAUAUUUCAUUGCAGUUUCCUGUUGAGGUUAGUUUGCACUCAGAAUCGACCACAGCAGGCAGUGUAAAAUAAGCAGCAUUCUCUUUUCUGUCCCAAAGCCACUACUGACCAAGGUCUCGAGUGCACUCGCUCCUCUCUGGCUAAGGCUUCCAUUAGCCAUCACACAAGUCAUGAGUGAAAAUGCUCUUUCAUGUCCUCCCAGCAGACAGACGUGGAGCAUGAGUUUAUCCAGGAGGCCGCUCCCGUAACUGUGCUUUUAAAGCUCUGCAAGGCUUGGCGGGAGUGAAUGUGCCCACACCUUACAAUUGUGGCAGGAUCCAGCUGAGCCUGUCUUUUUAUAUCCAUUCUUUGAUGUUAAUGGCCUCUUCCACCAAUUUCAUUACGGUGCCACGCAGUCAUGGGUCUGGGCAGACCCGCCAACAAAAGGAGCGAAGACAGCCUGGUAGUGAAUGAGAUCAUUACCACAGUUUUCUCAUGGGAAAUAAGUAAAGAAAUAAAUAAACAUCUUUUCUUCUUCUCUUUUUUUCCUCCUAAGAAUUAAAGCUGGGAAAUAGAAACAUGAACUGAAAAGUCUUCUCGCAAUAGCAAGAAGUCUCAUCAUCUUAAAAAUAUAUAUAAUGUGGUUGGAAAUAAAUCAUUCCUGUUAACCAUUUUUUAUUAUAAAACACUGUACAUUAUGUUCUUGUGUGUUGAAUUUUUUAAAAAUUCUUUACUUGGAUAUUCAUGUAAUAUAUAAUGGUUUGGUGAAAUGAACUUUAGUUAGGAAAAAAGCUGAUACCAGCUUUCAUCUGUGUAAGUUGACACCAAUGUGUCAUAAUAUUCUUUAUUUUGGGAAAUUAGUGUAUUUUAUAAAAAAUUUAAAAAGUAAAAAGACUACUACAGGCUAAGAUAAUUUUUACCCGUCUUUUCUCCAUAUUUUAAGCUAUGUGAUUGAAGUACCUCUGUUUAUAGUUUCCUGGUAUAAAGUCAGUUAAAAUUUCAUCUGUUAAUAGAUCAUUAGGUCAUAUAAUGUAUGGGUUUUCUAUUGGUUUUUUGGAGACAGUAGAUGGAUUUUGUAACAAGGGCUUGUUACACAGUGAUAUGGUAAUGAUAAAAUUAUAAUUUAUCAUUCCUUUUCAUGUUAAUAAUAUGAGUACUGGAUAAAAGGGUCACAAUUAAAAUUUGAUGUUCAACCUU